AUUACUGUGUAACUGACACAGAAAUUUAUGGUCAAGAAGACAUUUGAACACAGCUCAAACAUGACAAGAACCUGGACCAACCUCCGAGAAUUGCUGUGAACAUCUUCUUUUUGGCAAAUUCCAUACACGGUCGAUCGGCGCGUCUUAAAACUUCGACACUCGAGAGAAGAAUGGAGGCGGAGGUAAGAAAAUUCCAGCAGAAAUUCAAGAGAGUCCGGGAGGAGAUGGAUCGUUGGGGGGAGCUUCAGGUUCGUUUGGUCUCGCAGUUCAGAAACGCCUCUUCGAUCAUGGACAGAUUGCAGGUGAUUCGGGAUGGUAAAAACUACGGUACCCUGAAAUCUGUUGGUGGGAUUGGUGAAGCUGUUUGGACUAAGCAGAUGGAGUCAUUGGAAGCCACUUUGCUCUCAAUGAGGAAGACCAUGGAGGAGUUCCAUGGUGUUGUCAUGUCUCUUGAAAAGAUCCAUCGAGACGGCAAGCAACUUGUUAAAGGGGGAUCUCGGCAGCCCAGUGUCAAGCAUCUGCAGCAGCGAGUGGGAGUGAAACCAUGUCUUCAAGAUUGCUUGGAUGGGCUUAUGAUUCUCUAUGAGAUGCACUGCUCAGAGUAUUUUUUGAAAUCGUCAGUUGUAUCGGCACUUUCAACUCUGGUCUUGAAACCAAGUGCGAGUGACCUGCAUGCACUCCAGCAACUUUUGGUUGAUCAGCCUAACAUUCCCAAAGAGGAAGUGCAAUUCAUCUAUGACAUCAUAUUUGCCGAAGAAAUCUGCUGAUGCCCAGUAUGAUGUGGUCACAUGCUGUAUAUCCACUGGUUCGAGCGGUUUCCCUUGUGGAAUGCUCUUCGAGAUUCUGGGAAAAGACGGGUUUUUUGUUCGGAUCUUCGAGAACUUCUGUUGAGGUUCUCCCUUCAACCCAUUUGACUACCUAAAGGAGUACUUGGCUUAAUUCUAAUUUCUUGAAGCCUCCGACAAAAGCGAGCGCGUGGAAGAUGAUGUUUCGGGGUUCAAUUUUGUACCGGUACGUCCGUUUUCAGUUCUAUAAGUUAGUCACCGGGCUGACGGAUUUUGAAUUCGUAAUACACAGAUAUAACCAAGUUUUGAGAUCA